AUGGUGGCGUUCAAAAUACUGGGUCUGCUUUUGGCCAUUGGUUUUGGCGGAGUGUUUGGAUCAAGGGUAAGUUGUUGCAAAAAAUGAGUACAAUUCAACACGAUGUAUACAUUUUGCUUACCUCUCAUGUUUUAGGUUCAGCUUGAGUUUUGAAUUUUUUUCGAAUCGACCAGUCGAUAGCAAAAAAAAUUUUUUUCUUCUAGACGCAAAAAUUGCCAAAAAUUUAUCGCGCCCCAAACUCCGUCGCACUCUGAAAACACGAUUUGUCGCCGCGAAAAAUCGGAAUCGCGCGCUACAUAAAAUCCAAAAUUUACAUUCUGUGCAAAUCGUGUUAUUGGGUCAGUAAAAAGCACUUUUUUCACGAUAUUCGCAGCGACAAAUCAUCUACAACGAACAAUUUUAAAGGCGUCAUGAGUGACAUAUAAGCCAAACUGAACCUCCGUGAAACAAACCCUUCUAUAACGACAAAAUUGUUUAGUCCCCUGUAACAUUUACUUCUUGCCUUAUAUUAGUCUGUCGGGAAAAUAAUGAGCACUCUGUCGCAUCGAAAACCGCAUGAAAGCGAAUUGUCUUCGCGGCAAAAUCAAAUUUCUUUUCACUUCAGCGACGCGAUUGGCGCAGCGAAAUUUUGCUCAUUAUUUAUCCGACAGACUGAUGGCACCUCCUCAUAACCUCUCUCCAACUUCCAGGACGAUAUUCUGAAAGACGGCUACUUUGGUAAAGGCGCCAAGAAACCCGACGACGAAUCGAUCAAGCCCUUCACCAUCGCGGUUCCCGACUCCGAAUUGGCCAAACUCAAAGGUCUGCUGCAAAACGCGCGGAUUACUCACACUCAACUCGAAGACAUCAAGAGCUACGAAUACGGGUUCACGAUGAAAUCGCUGCUCGAAAUGAAGGACUAUUGGCAGAAUACGUACGACUGGCGAAAGGCGGAAAAGGAGUUUAUGACAUUCCCGAAUUUUAAGACCCAAAUCGAAGGUCUGAACAUCCACUUCAUUCAUGCCAGGCCGCCAGCCGGCAAAUAUAAGACCGUGAAGCCGCUGCUGGCGUCACAUGGCUGGCCCGGAAGUGUUCAUGAGUUCACGAAGGCGUUUCCAAUUUUCACCGAUCCCAAAGCGAACGGGAUCAACUCGGAUUAUGCGUUUGAGGUCAUCGCGCCUUCUAUUCCAGGUGAGUUUUAGUGUAAUGUCCGUUGACUUAUGUAUACAAAAUGUCAUAUGUAUGACUUUCCCAGUGUGCAACUAUCCGUCAAAAUUCUACAGUGACGGACUGAUCCAAUAGCAAAAAAUGUGCCAUUCUGCAUUAGGGAAGUAUCUAAAAAUGUGGCAAAAUGCCUCCCUCUCCAACUAAAAAAAACUCCGUUUUGAAGGGCGCCCUCACAAAAAGACGCUUUUGAAACUGAAGUUUUUUCACUUGGAUAGGGAGACAUUUUGCCACAUUUUUUUUGAUACUUCGCUGAUGCAAAAUGGCACAUUUUUUGCCAUUGGAUCGGGUUCGCCACUGUACAAUCCAAGAGAGAUAUCCCAAGUCCGACGCUCAGAUUUUCUUCAAAUUUUGCACACACGCCAGGUAUAGGCCAGAUACCAAUUCCAAGAAGUUUUAGCUCGCGUUUUGCAGGCUCCGCCGAGAUAUUCAACGAUUUUUUGUCGCCGAAAGAGUGUGCAGAUCGCGGAGAGCGGUCUGAGAGAAGACGACUUUUUAGUCAUAACUUUUUGGGUUCCGCGCGGGAAAUUGAUUUUUGUGAGGAGAUAUUGCCCUAUACGGUAGGAAUAAAUAUGAAACUUUUCGUGAGGGAAAUUGGCCAAAAUCUGUCGCAAUUUCGCCGAGUUUUGAUCAUAAAAUCUCGGUCGUUUUUGCAAAAUGAGUCUUGCAUAUAUUUUAGAAAAAAGCAUCCUAUUAUAAAUGAACCAGUGAGAAAAAUGUACCACUUUGCAUCCUUGAAGUAUCAUAAAAUGUAGCAAAAUACCUCCGAUAUAUUUUGCCACAUUUUAAGAUACUUCCCUGAUCCAAAACGUAACGUUUUUUGCCACUGGAUCUUUUUCGCUACCGUAUAACCCUUUCAUUCGCAGGCUACGGCUGGUCGGACGCGGCGCAACGCUCGGGUCUGCAUCAAGCCGCGGUGGCGCGACUCUACAUGAAACUGAUGAAACGUCUCGGUUUCAACAAGUUCUUCGUGCAAGGCGGAGAUUGGGGCUCCACCAUCGUCGGGAACAUGGCUCGUUUGUAUCCGGACAAGAUCGAAGGCUGCCAUCUGAACAUGUUGGCCAGUGGCAACAAAGCGGUCUUAGCCAAGAGCGCUCUGGCGUCGGCGUGGCCACGGCUUCUGAAGGACCCGGAUUUUAAGAACUUCUCGCUGAAAACGUUGGUUUCUUUCGUUGUGAACGACGCCGGCUACUUGCAUUUGUUCGGAACACAGCCCGACACUGUGGGGAUUGCGUUGAACGACUCGCCCAUCGGACUGAUGGCCUGGAUUCUGGAGAAGUUCGCGUUGGGCACCAACUUGAAGAACAAACAGUUUGAGGAUGGGCGAUUGACGGAGAAGUUCAGCAAAGACGACCUGAUCACCUCCGUUAUGGUCUACUGGGUCAACGGAAAUAUGCUGCAAUCGGCGAGGUUCUACAAGGAGUUGUUCCGAUCCAAGGAUGCGCAGGAGCUUCAGAAGUAAGAGAGGUUAAAAAAGGGGUGUUUUUAAAGAAACGGGCCUGAUGCAGUGGCAAAAAAAGUACCAUUUUGCAUCCGGGAAGUAUAAAAAAUGUGGCAAAAUGCCUCCCUCUCCAACUAAAGAAAAAGUCCUUUUUUAAGGACGCGCCAUUUCCAUAACAAAAAUAGCGGGCGCCCUUUGGAAUCCGAAUUUUUUCACUUGUAGAGGGAGGUAUUUUGCCACCUUUUUUGAUACUUCUCGGAUGUAGAAUGAUACGUUUUUUACCACUGAAUCUUUCUACAAUAAAUUAUCAUCUUUUCAGUGAAUACAUCAAGGUCCCAACCGGCUAUCUUGCCACCAUGAACGACGCUAUUCCGGCGCAGCCGGAGGCCAUCGCCAAAGCCGCAGUCAACCUGAAGCAUUACGGCAAAGUCAACGCCGGCCAUUUUGCCGCAAUGGAGCAGCCAAAGGCUCUUGUUCAAGACUUUUUCGCCUUCACUAAGCAACUGAUCAAGUGA